GUCGUUUUCUCUUUCUCUUUACUUUACUACAUUCCAUUUCCACUUGGUCGAUCGAAUAAGUGAUGGCGUUUUGUUUGUUCUGUUUGUUGUGCACGUCCGUGCUUUUGUCGUCUGUGUGUACUUAUGCUACUUUGCUUGCUUUGGGAAAUAACUCUGCUUUUACUUUACUUACUUUACUUACUUUACUACUCUACAUCUUACCUUACCUAUCAACCUGUCGUUUACUAUGCACACUACUUAUCAUACCUAUCUUUUUGCCGUGUGUUGUGUGUUGUGUUGUGUGUUGUAUGUUGUGUUGUGCAUUAUGUGGCUCAGGUGAUUAACGAACGAACCUCCCUCCGUCUGGCUUCCGCGACUGUCUUCCGCGGCUGCCUGUGCGACUGCCUGCCUGCCUGCCUGUCGGCCUUCAGGUUUCUUUUUAGCUUGAGAUCUGUCAUUUAUCGUUUAAGUGUGCUUGUGUGGAUCUGGAAGAGCUGUGGUUGAGGUUGAGGUAUACCUACCUCGUUUUUGGUGAAUGGACGGAUUGAUUGAUAGCUCGCUUCAUGCUUCAUUAUUUACAAGUGAACGAAUGGUCCUCCAUUCGUAGCUUCAUGCAUCAUUAUCUACCCACCUA